AUGAUGGGGCACAGGUCCGUGACAGAAAAACACUUGGUCCUCCUUCGAGAUGGUAGAACACUGAUAGGAUAUUUACGAAGCAUCGAUCAGUUUGCGAACUUGGUGUUACACCAGACGGUGGAGCGCAUUCACGUGGGCAAAAAAUAUGGCGACAUCCCUCGAGGCAUCUUUGUCGUGCGAGGCGAGAACGUUGUCCUGCUGGGGGAAAUAGACCUGGAGAAGGAGAGUGAUACGCCUUUGCAGCAGGUGUCGAUCGAGGAGAUCCUGGAGGAACAGCGAGUGGAACAGCAAGCCAAGCAGGAAUCGGAGAAGCUGAAAGUGCAGGCACUUAAGGAGCGGGGCCUUUCAAUCCCGCGGGCAGACACUCUAGAUGAGUAUUAGGUGUUCUGCCCAUCGGACAAUUCGCUCUGUCCGAGCAAGCAGAGCGCUUUGCGUUUAGACCACACUUGGCCAGAGGCUGUGUAGGUCUGUUUGGAAAGGCUGUUUUUUGUUAUUUUGUUUUAAUUUUGGCUUAUCUGUUUUCCAUGGCACAGAUACACUAUUAAAAUCAUGUCAUUGUUUUCACAAAA